UAAAUACACCCUUUCAGCCCUCUCACUAUUAUUUUCCUCAUCAUAAAAAAAAAGUUAUAAUCUCUUGAAAUCUGCUUAAAUCGAUUUUUCCCGAAAAAAAGUUCAAUUCUUGUUUCAUUCGUUCGUUAAUCUCGAUCGGAGUAAAUCAUGGAGUGUAGGUCGUUAGAUCUGACGAUUAUAUCCGCGGAGGAUCUAAAAGACAUUCAAUUGAUCGGUAAACAAGACCUCUACGCCGUCGUUUCAAUCAACGGUGACGCAAGAACCAAGCAGAAGACCAAGGUUGACAAAGACUGCGGCACCAAACCUAAAUGGAAACACCAGAUGAAGCUCACCGUCGACGACGCUGCUGCCCGUGAGAAUCGCCUCACUCUUGUCUUCCAGAUCGUGGCUGAUCGUCCCAUCGCCGGUGAUAAACCCGUCGGUGAGGUCAGCGUUCCGGUGAAGGAGCUUUUGGAUCAGAACAAAGGCGACGAGGAGAAGACUGUUACGUACGCCGUGAGGUUGCCUAACGGUAAGACUAAAGGAUCUCUCAAAUUCUCCUUCAAGUUUGGUGAGAAAUACACUUUUGGAUCUUCGAGUGCUCCUCACGCUCCUGUUCCAUCGGCUCUGGAUCACAAAACCAUGGAUCAACCCGUUACCGCUUACCCGCCUGGAUCUGGUGCUCCGGUUGCAUACCCUCCUCCACCCGCUGGUUCUUCUUCCGGGUAUCCACCACCGGGUCAUGACGAUAAGCACGGUGGUGUGUAUGGAUAUCCGCAACAAGCUGGGUAUCCGCCAGCAGCUGGACCCGGUGGUUAUCCGCCACCUGGUGCUUACCCGCAGCAAGGAGGUUACCCGGGGUAUCCGCCACCGCAACAGGGUGGAUAUCCGCCACAUGGUCCAUACGGUUACCCGCAACAGCAAGGGUAUCCGCCUCAGGGUCCGUACGGGUACCCGCAACAACAGGCUUAUGGUAAACCGCAGAAACCGAAGAAGAGUGGUAAGGCUGGAAUGGGACUAGGUCUUGGGCUUGGAGCUGGUUUGUUGGGUGGGUUGCUUGUUGGUGAAGCUGUUUCUGACAUUGCUGAUAUGGGUGAUAUGGGUGACAUGGGUGGUGAUUUCGACUUCUGAUUGCUUUAUGUUAUAAUUUCUUAGGUUUAACUACUACUGCUCUUCUAUGUUUUUCUUUUGAUGAAUCAUGUGAAGAACCUGAGAGAGAGAUCAAGUUUUAUCCUGUGUGUAUUCUGUGUUUGGUUUCUUUGUUUUCUUCUAAUGAAUGUAUUGAACACUUAUGCUUUUUCUAAUCACUAGCUGUUGAAUAGAUAGUGCUCUGUA